AUGCCGUCGUUUCUAAAAUCUAAACAAACAACAGCCAAGACGACGACGAUACCACCCUGGCUUAUUCUUGCUAACACCGACAAGCAUAUCUACAAGGUUGAGCGUUUGCUUUCUUCGAGAGAAGCAACGCGGUAUGCCGCUCGGGAUGCAUCACACCAGAUUGCAUUGAAAGCUUCUGAAUCUACACAACACGAUAAAUCUCCAGUUUUCAAAAGAUCGUCUCAGAGGAAAGAGGGGAGCGCAGUGGAUUUCGUUGAAUAUUACGGAAUCACAGCUGGUCUGCAUGAAGACAACCGCGAUCUCAACCGGUAUACUGACAUUAUACCUUACGAUCGCACCCGCAUUAUUGUUCACGAUGGAAGCCCACCAGCUGUUGGGGAUGAGAGCGAAGGGAAACGGCACGAACGAUACUUGAACGCCAAUUGGGUGUUGGAAAAGUUUGGGCAUAAAUGGUGGAUCGCGACGCAGGCACCCCUACGACACACUGCACACGCAUUUUUGAGUGUCAUGCUCCAACCAUCUGUACGCCCACCUCAUGUUGAUUUGCCUCUAAAAGAUUCGAAAACUAGGCGCGUACGGACCGUCGUACAGUUGGCGCGAAAUGUCGAAAACGGUCGCAAGAAAGCAGAUGCUUAUUUCCCGAGUGAAGUGGGGAGAUCCGUUGUGGUGCUCGCCGAACAUGGAUGGCGUGCGCCUCCAUUAAAGGUUACUCUUUUGGCCAAGAAAGCCAUCGACGAAGCCCACUGCAUCCAAAGUACUGUGUCGGUUGCACCAAUCAAAAACGCAACCUCGCACCUCGCAGAAGGACGUCACGGAACGGGUGUACAAGACGAAGACAAUCAUGGCCAAGCAAUAGUAUUCAACCAUCUGUUAUAUCUUUCGUGGCCUGAUCACGGUGUUCCAAGUCCAGAAGAUCGCCUCAGUUUAGUCCACUUCAUACAACUUGUAGACCGAAUCAAUCGUGACACCUCUCAGUGUCCUAUUCAUUCAGCAGCGACUACAAAUCAUAUCUGUGAAGAGCUUGAUCCCGACCCACCAAUCAUUGUUGGAUGCUCUGCUGGAAUUGGCCGUACUGGAGCAUUUGUGGCGCUUUCUUCACUUCUGCGUAAAUAUGGCUUCCUCUUGCCAGCAGCACAUCCGACUAUUGCACCUCAUGUGUACACCUCACCUCUUGGUCCAAUACCAUCUGAUCCUGAUCUCCAGGAUGACCUGGUGCUACAAGAAGUUGAUUCCCUGAGAGAACAAAGACCAGGGAUGGUUGAGCGAAAGGUACAGAUGUCACUCAUUUACGAAGUUUUGGCAUCCGUGCUUGCCAGUGAGAGUAAUUAG